AUGGGAAAUACGUGGACUGGAAUUUCAGACGAUACCUUUAAAGAGUACGAGACUAAAAUGCUUGCUCAUUCAAGCAUCCCUUAUGAUUAAUUUGAUAUAUAAAAUGUCGAGAUCGACGAUGAGCACAACUAUGUAAGGACUAUAAGAGUAGGAAACCCUCAGAACCCACCGAUGGUACUCUUGCAUGGUUAUGGAGGAUCAGGAGUAAUGUUUUGGAAGAUAAUGAAGCCAUUGUCAGAGCUGUAUAACGUUUAUACUGUUGAUAUUAUUGGCAUGGGAGGUAGUAGCAGGCCUAAAUUUACUAUUGAAGAUCCAAACGAAGCUGACGAUUUCUUGGUACAAUGGCUAGAAGCUUGGAGACAGAAAGUAGGCCUUGAAAGGUUCAUCCUAUCAGGGCAUUCAUUUGGUGGUUACGUCUGUGGAUUGUAUGCUUGCAAAUAUCCUUAAUAUGUAAGAAAACUUCAAAUGCUCUCUCCAGCAGGUGUGCCAGUCAUUCCAGAAAACUUUGACAUCUGGAAGGAAUUCGAGAAAUUCCCAAAAGAAAGACGUCCUCCCAAGUUUGCGCUAAGCUUAGCCAAAAAAAUAUGGAAGAAGAGAUGGUCACCUUUCGGAGCAAUGAGGAAAAGUGGUAGAGGAUGCGUCAAUUGUCUUCUAAAAGGGUAUGUAAAGAAGAGAUUCUACUCUAUACCAAAGAAUGAAAUAGACGAUUAUAAGAUUUAUCUACAUUAGACACUUUUAAGAGAAGGAUCGACUGAAUAUUGCAUAUUUAUAUGCUUUGAUUAUUUGAUGUUUUCACACCAUCCAUUGGAACUUCCAGAUAGACUAGGAGGAGUGUAAAUUCCUGUAAGUUUCUUCUAUGGAGAUAGAGAUUGGAUGCCUAAAGAAGGAGGUCUUGCAGUCAUAGCUUAAAAUCCUCAUAAAGAUUUUCAUAGCAAGCUUUAUGUUAUUUCAGACUCAGAUCAUCACAUGUACUUUGACAAUCCAGAUGAAUUUGUUAUGAAAAUGAUUGAAGAUCUUGAAAAUUUGGAUUAACUUGAGUAAAAUAACUUCGGUUAGACUGAUACUUCAAAUAGACCAUUAUAGCAUAUUAGAGAUAAUGAACUUUAGAUAAUGAUAGUUGAUGAUGAUUCGGAUUCAAGACAGAAAAUUUUCGUUGGAAAUUAAUGA